GCGGUCCCCGCGCCGAUUGGCAGAGCGCAGAGCCACGUGGCCGGCCUGGCAGCGGCGCCCGCGCUCGGGCGGCGGCCGUGGGGCUCAGGGCGGGUCCCCGGGCAGGGGCGCCAGUUGACAGAUGUGCAUGAGAAGGUGCCUGGUCGGCCUCACGUUUUGUACCUGCUACCUGGCUUCUUACCUUACGAACAAGUAUGUCCUGUCUGUUUUGAAAUUUACCUACCCUACGUUAUUCCAAGGGUGGCAGACAUUAAUUGGUGGACUUUUGCUUCACGUGUCAUGGAAACUGGGCUGGGCAGAGAUCAACAGCAGUUCAAGAUCUGCUGUUUUGACGUGGCUUCCUGCUUCGCUGCUGUUUGUGGGUAUAAUCUAUGCUGGUUCCAGAGCAUUGUCCAGACUGGCCAUUCCUGUGUUUCUCACUUUGCAUAAUGUAGCUGAAGUCAUCAUCUGUGGGCACCAGAAGUGUUUUCGGAAAGAGAAAACUUCUCCUGCCAAGAUCUGUAGUGCCCUGUUCCUCUUGGCCGCAGCAGGAUGCCUCCCCUUCAACGACUCCCAGUUUGAUCCAGAUGGAUAUUUCUGGGCUGUAAUUCACUUAUUCUGUGUAGGGGCUUAUAAAAUACUACAGAAGUCCCAGAGACCCAACGCGUUAAGUGACAUUGACCAGCAGUACUUAAACUAUAUAUUCAGUGUGGUGCUCCUGGCGUUUGCGUCUCAUCCCACAGGUGACCUCUUCAGCGUCUUGGACUUUCCGUUCCUGUAUUUCUACAGAUUCCAUGGCAGCUGCUGUGCCAGUGGAUUUUUAGGAUUCUUUCUCAUGCUCAGCUCAGUGAAGCUGAAAAGCCUCAUGGCCCCGGGGCAGUGUGCAGCCUGGAUUUUCUUUGCUAAGGUGAUCACAGCCGGUUUCUCGGUACUGCUGUUUGAUACGAUUCUGACCAGUGCAACUGUGGGAUGCCUCCUGCUCGGCGGACUCGGAGAGGCCUUGUUGGUUUUCUCAGAGCGGAAGGGCAGCUAAAGACCAUGCGACCUGCACGAAAGGAGCCUCCUGGGCUGCCUACCGGGAACACAGCCCCUGCGCUCCCAGCUCCCUGUUGGAGGUCAGGAGAGCAAGGACAUGAGCGCGGCCAGCGCUUCUCACUGCGACAGAGAGGACUUUCUGGGGUCUCGGGGCCACUGCAGAGAAUGGACUGUGCUGUGUCUCCCCACUCUGAGAGGUUCGCUCGGCACUGCUGAUGGUGCUGUUCCCGGUUGUGCAGAAAGAGACGCAGGAUUUCCCCUGUAGGGGGUGCUGGCUCCGCCCACCGGGGUUGACAAGCCGCCUCCUCAUUAACACCCUUCACCAAACCUGCUCUCACCACGUGGUAGGGGCCCAAGGUAUUUUGUUGUAUUUUUGUUUGUGUUUUUAUGUCUUUGGAGACUCUGGGGACGUCCUUUCCCAGCUCCCGGGCUGGCUGGCCGAGGGCCCGCAUGAGCCACUGAGCAGCACAGGGCUUCCACGGGGCACGGGGGAGGUGGCAGUUGCGUGGGAGUUCUGGGCCAAGUGGGAAGCCAGCAAGGGCACUGUUACUCCAGACUGAGUGCUGCAGGCUUUUUGUUUGUGUGUUGUGUUGAAUUCUGCACACUCUUGUGCCCACCGCUGGUUGACUCGGUACUAGAGAUCACCAAGAGGAAGAUGGGUUAUGAGCACUGCUGGAUGUCCUCCCUGGGCAGGGAAGCAAACAAAGCAUAGCACGUCUGUGUGCGCACAAGCACACACAUUUAUCUUCAUACUCCUUCCAGCUUUUAAUCCGUUUAGUUCCCUGAUAUCUCAGAGGAGAUUUCCAACCAUUGAACACUGAAGUAUAUUUUUCAUGCCGGGUUAAAAAUUGGAUUAAAACUCUAAACCUUGCACUAUGGGAGUCAAAAGAAAUGAAUUUGCACGAAAUGGUCAUUCAAUUCUGAACCCACAAUGAGAAUUUAAGAAAAUAAGGUCUAACUCCAAAUAUUUCUGCUCAUAAUAGGUUUUUGAAUACCUUACCACGCUGCCAGGCGUCAGUUUUGGUUGUUUUGGGAGGUAGGAGGUAAUGAAGUCCGGUAAGACUUCUGUAGGCAGGCAGUCAGGCCCUGCGGUGUCGGACACCCACAUCCCUGAGAGAGAACAUCUUCAGCAUCUGGGAAAUGAGCCUUUGUGUUCUUGGCCCUGUGAAGAAUAAGGUCAGCUCGGUCAGUGGCCAUUCUUUCUGCAUAUUUUCUCCAACUUGUUGAAAAAGUCUGGCACUUGAGUACCUGAAAUUCAUUUCCUGUUGUUUCAUGGUCUCUGCUUGUCGUUGAAGGUAGAGAUGUUCUGAGUGACCUUCACACAUAGUUUCGAUUUGCUUUUGUUCUUCAUCCGGGAUGUUAAACUUUCUAUAGACUGAGGAUCAAAUAGAAAAUCUAGGUUUAUAAUUUUCCGUAUUCUUUUACUUCCCCCAAACUCUCUAUACAACUGAGGCCAGUUCUUUUCCAUUUGUGGGAAGUGGCAUCUGUCCAAAUGUCACCUCGUGUGUGUCUUUCCAAGUACCAUUUAAGCAAAUGGAGAUUCCUGAGGCUGGAAAGAACAGUGUGCAGCUAACAAGCCCAGUCCCCUGUUUCCAGCAAGACUGACCUGAAAAACUUUUGCUGAAAAACUACAGACCAUUUUUUUUAAAAAGAAUCUCUAGAGGGGCCGGCCCAGUGGCGCAGCGGUUAAGUGCACAUGUUCCACUUCGGUGGCCCAGGGUUCACCGGUUCGGAUCCUGGGUGCAGA